AUGAUAUGUGAAAGGACAUCCCGUCAAUGGAACGCAGCGGUUCUCUUUGCCAUCGCAAGAAGCACUCGCUUACGCAGCAUGACGAAUGUAUUUCUCGCCAACAUAGCGAUUGCCGACAUCUCGGUAGGAAUAUUCUGUGUGUUGCCAAACCUGUCCACAUUUCUGCAACCCGACUGGGUUCUCGGCAGGACGGAAUGUGAUGUGCAAGAUUAUUACAUCUGGAAUGUCAGCUAUAUCGCGAGUAUCAUUAUUCUCACAGUGAUCGCAAUGGAGAUAUACAUUGUGAUAAUGCAUCCACUUCGGGGGAACGCAGCGGUGGUUUUCUUUGCCAACGCAAGAAGCACUCGCUUACGCAGCAUGACGAAUGUAUUUCUCGCCAACCUCGCGAUUGACGACAUCUCGGUAGGAAUAUUCUGUGUGUUGCCGAACCUGUCCACAUUUCUGCAACCCAACUGGGUUCACGGCAGAGAAAAACUUUAG